AUGUUUCACAGGCCAAAAAUCAUUACGACUUCAUGUUCAUUUCCAGGGGAGAUUGCAAUGGCAAAAGCUGUGUGGCAGGCACUCGAGUCCAACCCGGACGCAAUAAAUCCGUUCAUGGCCAAAAUUGGCGUUGAAAGCGUGGAAUGUGUGGACAUAAUUUCAUUCGAUGAUGAUGCACUGGAGCACUUGCCAAAGCCUCAGUACGCUGUACUUCUCUGUCUUCCUGACUACAAAAAGGUAGACGAACUGAUGGCUCCAAUUUACGAGAAGCUCCGCUCUGAAAGCGUCACUCCUCCUCCCAAUGUGUUUUUCAUGGAACAGAAGAUUAGCAAUGCUUGCGGCACAUUUGCUUUAUUCCACGCAUUGGCGAAUAUUGAAGAUCAAGUCGAUCUUGGUUCUGGUUCAUUCCACAAAUGGCUGGAGGCGGCAAAGAGCUUAGGAAUCGAUCAGCGUUCGGAUCUUCUAGCCAACGACGCUUCUCUGGCUGCUGCUCACGAUGAAGCGGCCAGACGUGGUGAUUCGCGUCAACCUGAAGAGGUCGAGCACCACUUUAUCUGUUAUGUGAAUAAGGACGGAACACUUUUUGAAAUAGAUUCACGUGCACCGUUCCCACGUGCAUUGGGUGCAACUUCUGGUGAUACGCUCGUGAAGGACGCUGGAGUUGCGUGCAAGGAGCUCAUGGAAAAAGCUUGA